AUACCGGACUAAUUCCCCUUCACAGAACUGUGUCAGUGUUGUAAGUCUUCUGGGAGAAAAGUUGAUUGUCGAGUACAAACAUUCAGUUUCUAACUCUCGUCUCUGUCAGCCUUGAGCAGGCGUAGUGAUGUAGUAUAGCUCAGUGUUGUACCGAUCAAGGCCUGCAAGCUUAGCGAGGGAGAUUUAACGUGCUAUAUAGGCCAAAUUUUACCCAGUAUACAAGGUUUAUGUCCGCCUAUAUAGAACCCAGCGGUCUGGAAUGGGUCAGUUCAGAGACUACAUGUUAUUACCCGCCGGAUCGCUUGUUCGAAUGGGCGUAUAGGGUCUGUGGGGGACACAAUAUGGUUUUCCCUAAACGCUCGGCUAGCCUUUGCUGUAUCAUCAAGAUAUUCUUCGGUACUUGGCCAGUUUAAUUACAUUUGCAAAUAUUCACAUGUUUAUUUCACUACUCUUAUCUGAUAGACAGAUAAAGAAAUCACACUAAUGAAUAGCUUACAUGUACUUGUUGAAUCAUAUAUUAUAAUCAGUGUCAGUUAACAUCGACUUAUUGUCCUGGGAUCGGCUGUUUAAACGUGUAUUACCUCACACCUGUAGUUCAAUGUUUAGCAAACCCCAGAAGCCAAUACCGUUGUCCCAUCCCAACUAUAACAGCAGCAGAUUUAGUACAUGUUUAAUGCAUUAUUACACAAUCGCUUUGGGGCUAAUUACAAAAUUGAAGCUCGGCUUAGAGAUAAAUCUGAAAUUUAGGUUUGAACAGUCCUCUCUCCUCAGUUCACAUAGCCUUGACCUGGCAGUAAACCGGGUAACCAUGGCCCAGUCCAAACCCCUUCUCGUGGUCGCCAUUGAUAUCGGUACAACGUAUUCUGGCUACGCCUUCUCCUUCCAACACGAGUUUCUGGCUGAUAAACUCAAGAUUACAACCAACAAGGUUUGGUCAGAUGGGGACAACCACCUUCAGACCUCGUACAAAACCCCGACAUCUGUACUGUUCGACCCGUAUGGACAUUUUCACAGUUUCGGAUAUGAAGCGGAGACAAAGUACUCGACAGUCGCCAAAAACAAAGAGGAGAAAAACUGGUUGUUAUUCCGUCGAUUUAAGAUGAGCCUCUACAAAUCUGAGAUAAGUGAGACUAUGGAGCUGGAGUCGGUGUCCGGACAACGGUUGAAUGCCCUCAGUGUAUUUGCCAUGUCAAUACUGUACCUUAAGGAGCAUUUUAGACGAAGCCUUCAGCAGCAAGUGGCUGACUCGGAGAUCCAAUACGUGCUGACGGUACCUGCUAUAUGGGGCGAGGACGCCAAGCAGUUUAUGAGGAAAGCCGCUCUACAGUCUGGGAUACUUGGAGAUCAACUGGCUAUUGCACUGGAACCGGAAGCGGCCUCCAUUUUCUGUCAGUCCUUAUUAGCGAACACCCGAUCCGAUGACGAAUUUUGUGACGCAGACGACAUCUCGCGGAAUGGAUCUCGAUACAUUGUUGUGGACGCUGGAGGUGGUACUGUGGACACGACAGUGCACGAGGUGAUGCUAAGCGGGGAUCUCAAAGAACUACACAAAGCCAGCGGGGGAGGUUGGGGCGGCACUCAGGUAGACGACCAAUUCACCGAACUGUUGCUCAAGAUUUUUACCGUAAAGGUGAUGAAGGAGUUCGGCAAACACCACAAAUCGGAUUGGCUGGAACUUGAGAAAGAAUUUGAAAUUAAUAAACGGAGGAUAUCUAGUAAUGAUGAACAGAAAUUCAGCUUCCGGUUGCCAGCUUCUCUACAUGAAACGUUCAGCUUUCAGAGCAAGUGCUCGUUAGAGGACCAAGUGGCUGAGUCUGGGUUAUCCAAAGAUGUUCGGUUUACAGGUGACAAGAUGAGAAUUAGCGGUAAAGUGAUGCAGUCUUUAAUGAAACCAACCAUUCAGAAAAUUAUCACUCAUGUAGAAACACUAAUGGCGGAUCCCAAGUGUAGAGGAAUUUCCCACAUCUUACUGGUGGGUGGGUUUUCCGAAUCGCCACUUCUCCAAGAGGAGUUCAGGAAGAACUUCCGGUCUAUGAAUGUGGUCACUCAAAGAGACGCCGUCCUGUCUGUGGUGAAAGGGGCGGUGAUAUUCGGUCAUCGACCGGGCGCCAUUGGAAUCCGUCUGGCAGCCUUUACUUACGGAACUGAUAUCGUAUCCACUUUUGAGGAUGGUGACCAUGAUCCUGACAAAUUAAUUAUGGUUGAAGGUGAGAGGAUGUGCAAGGAUUUAUUUGACAGAUUUGGUUCUGUUGACGAAGAAGUGCCAUAUGGUAUGGAAACUAGCGAACAUACCUUUUCUCCGAAUUACUCUGGACAAACAAAAAUGAGGGUGGCAGUGUACAAAUCCACGGCGACGGAACCCAAAUAUACAACUGACCCUUCAUGUUUUAAGUUAGGUAGUUUCACAGUAGACAUGCCGGAUUUGACAGGAGAGAAGAACCGUCAAGUCGGAGUGAAGUUUAUAGUUGGUGGCACAGAGCUCAAGGUGAAGGCUCACGAGAAGACGACCGGGAAGAUCUUCGACGCUACCUUUAACUUUGUGACAAAGUAAGUCAGACUAUCUGUAUGCUAUCCAGAGCCACAGACAGCGGACUGAAGAUAAAAAAAAUAUGAGCUCCGGGAACAGCUUAACCCAACCUAAUAUUCUGAACGCGGAAGGGGUCAGAACUUUGUUGCUGAAUACUGUUGUAAUGUUUGAUAUCACUUUCACUGAAGAAUUGGUCUUGAGGCAUCAACUAACAAGACGUGUCACGUGAUUGUUGCUGUGUCAGUAAAUGUAUUAGAUAGGAUAUCCUGUCAAAGAGUGAGAACCAAGAUAUUUGUUUUUAGUAGGCACAUAUAUUGAACAUUCUGUGUUUAUCAUUUAUGUUUAAUAUAUAAAAUUAACCAAAAAUAGAAUGUUCGUAGUUACGGAUGGUUGCUGCGCCGGUAAGUAUUAGACAAGGUAAGCUUUCAAAGUAAACCCAAGAUAUAUGUUUUCAGUUGACACAUUACAGAUUUGGUUUUUCUUAUCAUAUAUGUUUAACAUAUACAACUAACUAAGAAUAUGA